CGUUUCCUCGCGCUGCAGCAUGAAGCGUGCAGAGGAUCCACCACCACUAUGAAUAGCCCAGCCAGUCGCCCAACAAUUCAUGCUAAUGCUAACUUUGAUCCCCUGCAGUCUUCAUCGUCCCGCAGACGCAUGACAUGGUCUCGCAGCUCCUCUCGCCCUCGCAGCCAAAGAACUUGUCCGACGUAGCAGUCCUCGCAGUCCUCGCCAGCUUGAUAUUCACGCUCUACGCACUGCCCAAAAGCGCCCGCAUCCCAGUCUUCGCAGUCCUCUUUCUCUUCUGGCGCGCCGCCUACAAUGCAGGCAUCGGCUGGCUCCUCCAUGUCCAGUCCCACCACAACCGCCUCGUCCUCUGGGCGAAGAACUCAGGCAUCUUCGAGAAGCCUGAGACGGGCAAGAAUCCGCACCCAACGCUGUACAAGCUGCUCAAGCGCGAGAUGGAGACGAAGAUCCCGAAAGACUACAUUUUCGAAGAGGCACCGCUUGAGUACAACACAUGGCUCCUCUUCAGGCGAGUUGUAGACCUGAUCCUCAUGUGUGACUUCGUCUCGUACUGCCUAUUCGCCAUCGCCUGCUUCAACCGCCCGGCCGAGAGCUGGCUACUGUGGGCGCUGCGCUGGACGACCGGCAUCAUUCUCUUCCUUUUCAAUCUUUGGGUCAAGCUAGACGCCCACAGAGUAGUCAAAGACUUCGCUUGGUACUGGGGUGAUUUCUUCUACCUCAUUGAUCAGCAACUUACGUUCGAUGGAGUCUUCGAGAUGGCUCCGCAUCCAAUGUAUUCUGUUGGAUACGCCGGCUACUACGGCAUCUCCAUGAUGGCUGCCAGCUACAAAGUCUUGCUGAUUUCCAUCAUCGCCCACGCCGCCCAAUUUGCGUUCUUGUCGCUCGUUGAAAACCCGCAUAUCGAGAAGACGUACAAUCCGCCACCACCCCGAAAGCGCCUAAAUUCCCAGUCGAUCGACCACGACGCAAGACCUACCUCCAGCCAGUCCGAAGUGACCUUUGCGGACGGCAUGCCCACGCUCGAUUCCGCCGGGCAGCCAGCGCAGACUCACAAUAUCGUCGGCCCACUAAACACCGAUCUUCAUCGGUCCAUCGACGUGACGGUGAUUCUCUUCGCAUUCUACAUGUUCUGUUUUGCGACCAUGACGCCGAACACGUGGCCCGUGCGCACCUUCUUCUUAGUCAACGCCUUCGCCUGGCGCUUGUGGUACGCACUAGGCCUUGGAUACAUCUUAGACCGGCAAUCGAAGAAGAAAAACUGGACUCGCCACUUCAUCAAGCACGGAGACAGCAACGAGGAAGCCUGGCGCCAAUGGAAAUACCUCUACCAUCUAAGCAUGACCACGUGUCACACCAGCUUCAUCGCAGCGGCAUGGAAAAUGUACGCGCUACCGCCCGAUUUGUCCUAUGGUCUCACUCUGCUGCGCCACGUCAUCGGGCUUGCUCUGAUAGCCUUGCAGAUAUGGACUGUCACUAGCAUCUACGAGUCUCUAGGCGAAUUUGGCUGGUUCUGCGGCGACUUCUUCUUCGAGCAAUCCCCAAAGAACCUUACCUAUUCGGGUAUCUAUCGUUUUCUGAAUAACCCGGAACGUUUCCUCGGGCUGGCUGGAAUCUGGGGGAUUGCACUCAUCGCGUGGAGUAUACCGAUCUUCUAUCUCGCAGCGACGGCACACAUCCUGAACCUUGCCUUCCUUCAGUUUGUGGAGCGUCCGCAUAUGCAGAAGCUCUAUGGCCGAAACCUCCGGAAGACAUCAGGCGUCAGCAAGACAUUCAGACAAGCGCUGCCUAGCCCCGUCAGAAACUGGCAAUCUGCAGCUGACGAAUACCUCAACUCUACCGUAGAGUUUAUUGAGGACCUUCUGGAGACCGCACGCCCGAAGUUUGCCGCUGGCGUGGACACAUUUGUGAAAGACACCACAGCACUGUUCAAGUCCUACCCGGCACGCAUUUCUAUUACACGCCUUGCGCCAGACCUUGCUGGACUAGAUCCGAGAGAAUACAAGGUCGAGAUCGAUGGCACAUGCUCACCUGCAAUGGCACAGUACCAGAAGAACGGCGGCCGAGAGGGGGAGAUGGCGAGGACGCCUGCUGCUCGCACGAGCGAAUACAAGACUCUGGUGCUCGAAUAUGGCGCUCCAAUCAAGGUCCGAUGGCGAGCGCCGCUUAAUCACAGCAAGAAGGACUGGAUAGGUCUGUACAUGGUCGCAGAUAAUAACUCUCGCGAGGUCACCCGCAUUGGGUCCAACGGACGUUGGAUAGCAACCAACAAGGGAGUUUACGACUCUAUCCGAGCUGAGGAGGGUAUUCUAGUUUCUGACAAACUUCUCCCCGCAAGCGCGCGUGAUGACGGGGAUACUGAUUGCCUCACCGGCGAAAUUGAGUUCCGCGGCGACAAGCUGUGGUGGACUACGGGCGUCUUUGAAUUCCGUUACCAUCACGACGGCAAGCACAACGUCAUGGCUCUAUCUCAAGCAUUUGAGAUCUGUGUUCCGAGAUUUGACCAGGAUGAUGUCGAGCUUGAUGCCAAUGGCACAAUCCAUCGGCCUGUUGAGCAGGCGCUACUGCCCCUCAUUCAGAACUGCUUCGAUCGAGACCCCGAAAUCGCACCCUCUACACCAGAAGAGCCCUUUGGGAGCUUGGUAGAAAGGGACGGCAAGUUUGCAAAGAGGGUAGUCUUUGCUGUACAUCAGAUGUUUGGCGUCGAAUUCGCACCAGAAGUCGUACAAGCAGACGGCAACGUGCGGAACCUGGCAUGGCGCAUCUGCAAUGCUAAGAAAGUUUUGGUAUGUUCAUUCCGCAACAUCUUGCAAUGGACACAUUGCUGAUCACCUCUCCAAGGCUCCAUACAGCAUGUCCCCCAGUCGGGGUAGGAACACGCCUACACUGAGAUGAUGGCUCAAGGCUGACUUCCCCUUCCUGUCAGGCAUUCGCCAUAGCUUGGCUCACGCUUUGGAGGAAUGACCUGCUGACUUCAGCU